UAUCAAAAAUUGACAAUUUGUCAUACAUUCUCAAUUCACCGUGCAGUUUAAUUGCUUAAAGUUGGCGAUUUUUGUGCAUUCACUUCAAUCAUGUUGAAUUUCACUAAUGAUCUAUGAUAGAUAUGAAACACCAAUGAUGGUUCAAUGCAGCCAUUAAAGAAUUUAAUCACUUCAUUUAUAUUGAGAACUUCACAAGGAAUUUGAAGAAUUCACAAAGAUGAAAUGAAUUAUGAAAAGAAAGGGUUUAGAUAGAGAUCUAAAAGAUAAAAGCCACAAUUUCCCUUAUAAAAUUAUAGUUCAAAAUUCUACCGCUGCCAUAAUUUUAUGCAGCCGUUUUAUAGCAUUUAAUCUGGCGCGAAUUUCAGCGCGACAGUGCGCAAUGAAACGCAUUGUACAGUUUUAACCAAGAUGUCAAGCCAAGAGGAAUCCGACUGCCCUGUGUGUUUUAAGAAGUUUCCACAGUAUAACAUCGAGUCACACGUGAACAAGUGUCUCUUCCUGUCCACCGGCGACUCCCAGGAAGAGGCGGAUAAGAAGAAAUCUACUGCGAAGCGUCCUUUUCCCAUUUUCGAUCAGAGUCCAUCGACCUCGAAGAAGCCCAAAGUCUCAGUUCCCGGAAGCUCUGGCAAGUCUCUGGAUCUCAAUGAGGAUGUGAUAGAUCUGUCAGAUGAUGAGGAAGCCCAGAGUGGCCUAAAGGCGGUGGAAGUUGUUGCGAAGAGGGUGGAUAAUCCCGCGAAAUCGUCAAAACCUCUGGCGGAGAUCGUGCGGCCGGUGACACUGGAGGACUACAUUGGUCAGGAGGCGGUGAUGGGGAAACAUGCAGUGGUGAGGAAGGCUCUGGAACGACAGGAGAUUCCCAGCAUGAUUCUCUGGGGUCCGCCAGGGUGUGGAAAGACAACUCUGGCUCACAUAAUAGCACAGCAGUGCCAGACGUCCGGGCAGUUCAAGUUCGUGAAGCUGUCCGCCACCAUGUCCGGCAUCGCGGAGGUGAAGAAGGCUGUGGAGGCGGCGAAAACAGACCUGAAGUUUAAGAAGCGCACAAUUCUGUUCAUGGAUGAGAUUCACAGGUUCAAUAAGCUGCAGCAGGACAUCUUCCUGCCGCACGUGGAGAGUGGUGUGAUCACCCUGAUAGGUGCCACUACGGAGAAUCCCUCGUUCAGCCUCAACUCCGCCCUGCUCAGUCGCUGCCGCGUGAUCAUCCUUGAAAAGCUGCCCACGGAUGGCGUGCUGAAGAUUCUAGAGCGCGGCCUCCGGGAGUAUGACGGAGUGUGUUUGGACGAUGUCCAGAGGGCGGGCUUCGCGGUGCGACUGGCCAUUGACAGAGAGUCACUCGUGUGGCUGGCGGAGAUGUGCGAUGGAGACGCCAGGAUCGCUCUGAACAGCCUCCAGUUGGCUGUCCAGACGCUCUCCGGCGCUGACGAGAAGGAGAACGGCAGCGAUAGUCUGCGGGUGAUUUCUCUGGAUGCCAUUCGGGAGGGCAUUAAGAAAUCCCACCUCUUGUACGAUCGCAAGGGCGAUCAGCAUUACGACAUCAUCUCGGCACUCCACAAGUCCAUCAGGGCAUCUGAUGACAACGCUGCGCUCUACUAUUGCGUUCGAAUGAUGGCCGGCGGCGAGGAUCCACGCUACAUCUGCCGCCGAAUGGUGCGGGCGGCGAGUGAGGACAUUGGAUUGGCGGAUUCCAACGCCCUGCACGUGGCUCUGACGGCUCUGCAGGCCGUGGAGAAGAUCGGGAUGCCUGAGGCUGACUGCAUCGUCGCGCAGUGCGCCGUCUAUUUGGCCAGAGCGCCCAAGAGCCAGGAAGUCUAUCGGGCGAUGUUGAAAUGUCGCUCGGAGGACAUUACGAACUGGCGAGGGGCGCUGCCCGCCGUGCCGCUACAUCUCCGCAACGCACCCACGAAGCUGAUGAAGGAGAUGGGCUGCGCGAAGGGCUACAAUAUGAAGCACAAGGACCAGUCUGGCCUUCAGUAUAUGCCCGAGGGGAUGGAGAAGAGGAAUUAUUUCUCAUAGAAGUCGCCCGGAAAUAAAGAUUUCAUCUUUCGUACAAAAAAAUAUCCAUUUUAUUGAUCUCUGAUCUGUG